AUGUCUCAUAUUUUUUUGGACGACUUCGAAUACAGUUAUUAUGACUACCCGAGUCACAAUCGAACUGAUCACACCAACUUGAUUUCAAAUUUUAAUUCGUGGCUGGGUCUCAUUCGUGUCUUACUUGUUGUGCUGUUGCGUGUUGGUUUUGUCCUGAUUCACGUCGGUAGUGUACCAGUGAACAACGUCAAUUUGAUCUUACUGCAAAAUAUUCUUGACUUCUGUUGGGUAACGGUAGUUUAUAUACUGGUUGGAAGUGUCAUCGCCUACACUGGCGACGUACACGGCGUAGUCGCCGAAGGAUAUUGGAUUGGUGAUGCAAUCGUCGAUAAGGACGAAGUCAUAAUCGGUUGGUCGGCCGUGGUAAUUGCCGCUGCCAUUUGCACGUGCGGAAUAGUGGGUCGGACGCACACCGUCGGUUAUCUUAUGAUAGGACUCGUGCUAGCUGGUGUAGUGCAACCAUUUUUGAUUCAUUGGAUUUGGACGCCUAAAGGAUGGAUACGAUUCAAUGCAUUCAACGAGAAGAAUGUACAUUUCCACGAUUAUGCCGGUUCUGUAAUUGUUCAUCUCGUCGGUGGAUUGUCAGGAUUGAUAGGAUGCUUGACGCUUGGGCGGAGGAUACUUCGAUUAGAAGCUAUAGAUGACGCGAGCAUCGCUGUUGGUUCCUCAGGAACUGUAUUUGCUGGCCAACUACUCGUGUUCAUUGGUCUACAAAGUCUCAAUAUGCCGAAUAUGCAACUGGAAAAAUUCGAAAUCAAAAUUAAAAGACAGUACGAUAUUAUUAUCAACAAUUUAUUGGCCGCGUCUUCGUGCAGUUUACUCGUGGUUGCCUUUCAUUUCGUGCUUCCUCGAGAAGAGUUUAAUCACUGGACUGUAAUGAGAUGUGUACAAGCUACGGUAGCCGGACUGGUGAUAGUAUCUGCUGGAACGGAUAUUUAUUCUCCGCAGGCGGCAAUUGGCUUGGGCUCGACCGGAAGCAUCAUCUUUUAUUUAAUCUCAAGGCAAGUGUUUCAAAGUGCGCUUGAAGAUUAUUGCAAUAUUGUAGCUAUUCACCUGGUCUGUGCCAUUUUGGGAAGUUUUCUAGUUCCAUUUUUUAAUAUCGGCGAGAAUGAUAACGUGACAUCGGUUUUAUUAAAUUUUUGUUGGCAACUGAUCUGUUUAACCACAAUAACUAUUUUCGUUGCAAUCAUUAUGUUCGUUGCAUUCGCUGUUUUGCAAUGUUCGGGCUUACUGAGAAAUAGAUCGGAAUAUUUGAAUCAUUUGAGAGCUAGCAUAGCCGAAGGAAGAACACGGAGGAGAUCCGUUUUGGAGAGAUUGUUUCGAGCCGAUAGAGAUCCCAUUUACCUUCAACCGGGAUCAACUUUCGGUGAACAACCAGAUACCGAUGCGCAUACUAGUAAAUAUCAGAAUGAGGACGAUGCUAGGAGAGGACGCCACAGACCAGGUGAAGUAAUGGCUUAA